CUGCGGCAGGACAGGAACUGCACCACCAGCCCGAUUUUUAAAGAGCUGUUUGAUGUUGUUUGUCUACCGUUGGGACUUAGCAUGGCUCCCUUUGGAAGGAAUCUCUUAAAGACGCGCCACAAAAGCAGAUCACCAGUGAAAGAGAUGGGAGCCACUGACCAGGAAAUUGUAGUCUGGGUUUGCCAGGAAGAGAAAAUUGUCAGUGGACUGACAAAGCGCACAACCUGCAUGCAGGUGAUUGAAGCCCUGCUUGAAGAACAUCAAGCCACCUUAGCAGAAAAAAGGUUUCUUUUUGGACAGCCCAAAGAUUAUUGUAUUAUAGAAAAAUGGAGAGGUUCCGAACGGGUUCUUCCACCUCUCACAAAAAUGCUAAGGCUCUGGAAAGCCUGGGGGGAAGAGCAGCCUAACUUGCAUUUUGUCUUGGUCAAAGCAGAUGCCUUCCUUCCCUUCCCAUUGUGGAGGACAGCUGAAGCUAAGGUGGUACCAAAUCUGGAAAAGCACUGGGAUCUCAGCCCAGCAAAUUACAUGAAGAUGUUGCCAGUGGACAAGCAGAAAAGGAUUGUUAGGAAAACCUUCCGGAAGCUGGCAAAACUGAAACAGGAAGGGGUUCUGAAAGAGAGGGACAAUAUAGAGACACUUAUCCAUUUGAUCCUUUCUCAGGACCACACCAUUCACCAGCAAAUCAACCGAAUGAAGGAACUGGAUUUAGAGAUUGAACAGUGUGAAGCCCAAUUUCACCUUGCUCAGCUUGAGAGCAAUGGGGAAAAUUAUGUGCAGGAGUCCUACUUAAUGGCUACUUCUACUAAUGCUGCAGAACAACAAAUGGAAAUGCCUUUCACCCAUCAACAGGUGCAAGAUAGUGCAUAUAGAAGUGAGAGGAUUUUACAAGUGGAAGAAGGACUGAAGUAUCACAAACUACUGAUUGAAAAGCUAUCUGCUGAAAUAGAGCAAGAAGUAAAGGCAAUUGAAAAAAAUGGAGACAUGUGGACAGAGGAGGCAUCUAAAGCUGAUAUGGAAAGUACUGAUGUACAAGGUGUCAAGGAUGAGCUGGAGAAAAGUAUGCAAGAUGCCUUAAGAAUCCAUUCACAACUGAACUGCAUCCAGCAGGAGCUAAAAUACAGGGACAUAAUGCUUCAAAACAAGGAGAAAGAAUAUGAUCUCCUGGCAGAAGAGCUUAAUGCUUUGCCCGCAAAAGACGCAGCUGAGUACAGGUACCCACCUAGUGAGGAACAAGCAAAGGAGAGUGAAGUUGCCACCAAGAGCUUUACAGGGACAGACCUACUUCAUAAAAUGACUAAUUUAGACAUAAAUGACACAGACUCAGAUACUGGAAUCAGUUCUUCUCACAGUCAAGACUCAGAGACAGCAAUAGGGGACACCUUGCUGUUAUCCACAUAGUUGAAAACUAUGCUUAUUUUAUGGAGACCGUGCCUGGAAGAAACAAUGGAUUAAUAUGGAUAAGGUGGUGUCUUCCUAUGGGUCAGGUUCAUGUGGAUGAAGCUGCCUUGAGCAGGAUAUUCAAUAUAUAAAUGAAUAAAUACUCUUCCGUCAUACAAAUUAGAAAUACACUUAAUUCUCAGCUAUAGAGAGGGAGGCAUGUGAAAAUUAAAUUUCCCUAUUCAUAUAAUUCAAUUGACAAUUCAGUCUAAACAUUGUCCAUGUAGAUGUGUCAUACAGCAUUUCAAAUGCCUUCAAUAAGAAAAGACUCACCAGACUCUGGUGGUAAUGAACCAUGAACUGAUUGCAAAUCAGUUGCCCUCUCAUAGUAAUCUCAGCUCUCUCUCCAUUUCAUCUUUGCAGUUGCUGAGAAUACUGCUUCAUUCCCUACCUGCCAACCCACUGCCAGACAAUGCCUUGAAUAGUUCUGGAGAUUAGGAACCUGAAAGAUCAGGGUGGAUAGCCUAUGAACAGGGUCAAUACUAGAUAUUGUAAAAAAUUCAGGACUCAGACCCAUAGGACACAAAUGUGCAUAAUCUUUGGGUAGAAGAAUUUGGAUAUGCAAAUAUAGACACAAUUACUAAGGUUUAUUUAAAUUUCCUUGGAAAAGCAGCCAAGAAAUUUCUUAUCCAAACCACUCAAACAGAAUCCUUCAAUUAAAUUGGGCCUGGCCUCAGAUCAUGCCAAACCAAUGGAAAAAGGCUAUUUGCAAAGCUAUAUUGCCACAUGGGGAGAGGAAUUAUUGAGAGGGCUUCAGCAUGUGGGAAGGGAUGGUUAAUCCUUCUCUUCCCUUGAAAACUGCCCCCUGCAUGGUAAUUAAGUUGAGAAAAACAGUCCAUUGGCACCAGUGAGCACUCAGAGCUCACGGUUCAGUCCUAAUGUGGACCCUACCUAACUUUCCUACACACAUUAACACUUGUUUACACAACAAGGUGUCAGAGUGAGGCAAGCAGUGGGGCAAGAGUGGGGGUAUUCGCCCUCCUCACUUUUUCAAGCCAGUAAUUCCAUAUAUCACAAGGAGAUGUUUACGGCUUGUCACAGCAUCAAAGAAGUAGCAGUACCCUAUGAGCUUGGCUUGCUAGACAGUUAACCUGUUCAAAAAUUAGUGUUUCAUCUCUCUGAAUCUGAUGCACAUUUCACCGAAUAGCAUUUUUCCUGCCUCAGCCUAUGACUGGAGGGAAACUUAGACUUGGGUGUCGGCACCCAAAAAAGUGGGUUUUACAGUGCCAUAAAAGUGAAUAAGAAUUUGGCAACUUUUGUUUGGUCUAUUAUUUGUUACCACAAAUGACAUCAUACAAAUGUAGUAAAUAGAAGGGUUCUAUGUGUGUGUAUAUAUAAUAGCUAGGCGAGAACAAGUUCAGCCUACUCCUGAACUUAUAUUUUAGACUAGGCCUACCAAACUGGUAGGUCCAUACCUUAUACAGUAUGUCAACCAGGUGAUAUGGAACACUAAACAACCUGUGGGUUUUAAUACAAAACAGCCAUGUUGCCUGUAGCUAUGAGGGGAGGUUUAUAUAUGAAGCUGUUCAACAAAUUAAAGGCCAAUGAGAAUGGAUGAAUGAUGCAUUAUUUGUACUUUGAAAAAUUCUUUCUUGUAUUUAGACCUGGAGUUCUCCCUCACACAUAAACAUCAACUGGCUGCUGUGCUUAAAAAACCCCAUUUUAAUACAAGAAAGGAAAUAUUUCUCCUGAGUACUGAAGACUACAUUGUGUAUGUUAUGAAAAAGUUUUGCAUAGAGAUUUCUCCUGACUGCCUCAUGUUUUAAAAAAUGUGGCUGUAGCAUUUGACAUUAUAUUAAUGCCUUCAGGAUAACAUUGUUGAGCUUGCUAAUCUGUCAGUUCCUAGUGGAAACAUGAAUUAAUAGCAGAUUGGCCAUCAUAGUUUGUAAUAAUUUAUUAAUACAUUUAGAUACCAUUAUAUAUUUUGUGUGCUAUAUGGUAUAAUUCUCAAGCCUCUGGUGUUUAAAAAAAAAAUCAGCUGAUGCCUAUCAUUAGUUAGUCUGAAGUAUUCCCACAGUUUAUGUAAGACACCUCAGAAGAUCAUUUUCAGGUCUUUAACAUUGUACAGGUUGCACUUAGCUAGCACCCCUUGUGCCAUUACUUUAUGAAUAAGAAUUGAAUUCAAGGAUUAGAUUGAGGGCACAAUCAGAGGCAGUACUAGGUACUGAAAAGAUCUAAGUCUCACGUCCCCAGGACAAAAUAAAACAUACAAGUUUGCACUUGUUAAUUCAUACAUGCUCAAAAGUCUCUUUCUAUAUGUAUCUUUAAUAGACUCUGACUCCUAAAUAUACCUGAAUUUGGAAAAGAAAGGUAUGUAUAGAUGAGAGAGAGGAGGACAUUGGGUUUCAGAAAAUAAAGUCUGAAGUAGAAAGGUUCAAGGAGGGAUAACAGGAGGUCAAGUGGGCAAAAAGCCAGCUAAACCAGAGAUCAAAAAUUUAGAGCUUCAGCCUGAUGGGCCACCCCCUGACACCACCCAUGAGCACAACACCAUACAUGUUUAGAUGCAGAUGUCCUACUGUUCCCAGCAUUCUUUAACUAUCAGGGCUGGAAGGAGGAUUUUGGGUUUUGUUAUGCUUGUGGCUGUUUUUUGUUCUAAACACAGAUUUCAGCUAUACUACACUGGAUUAUCUUCCAUUACCUAUUUUACAUCUAUGUAAUGUUAAGCGUUAAUUCCUUAUUAAUUUAAAGAGACUUUUAAUAAUUCAGGGUGUAAGCCACUGGGAUUUUAUCCAGAACAUCUCCCACUGAGGAUAUCCUAUGUUCUUCCAUGUGCCAUUCAUUAUUGUAUUCCUCCUUUUUUCAUGAGUCUUUAUAUUUGAUCAUUUCCUAUAAAAUAGGUAGCAUCCAUGUUACAAUGAUAAUGUAAGCUACAAUCAGAUAUUACCAAGGUAUGUUUAUGUUGGAGUAAAACUGGAAAACAACACAUUUUCUUUGUAGGAGGAAGUAAAACUGCAUCUACUUCACACAGUGGUUAUUUGGAAUCUAAUGAUUCAUAAGUUUAUUUUGCGCUUUUCAUUGACUUGAGAGCCAUAUCCCUGCCAUCUGGUUUUAUUCAAAUGUGGGAUAUGGUCUGUCCCUGCAUGCAGAAGAUGUACAACUCUCCGCUUCAUCUGAUUAGUGGAGGUUGGCUAGGGUGGAGCAUGAGUCAUCUAUGCUUUCUCUCUUUCCAGUGUGCAAAAUGGCCACUGGUCUCAAGCUUUGGAAAUCUGGUUCUCUGGAUUUAAUAGGGUUCAUCUCCAGCGAUUAGAACUGCAAAGUGAGCAUGCAACUGGGCCUUCAAUGUACAGAAUACAGCGAUGUAUCCUACAGGCUGUCACAGUGCCUUCUAACACACAGUGGAAAGAAAGCUUUAUUGAAAUCUAGGAUUUGCUUCCACAUAAUUUUCCUUGUCCCAGCAACUCAGGUACUUGUCAUAUACACAUGGAAGUCACAGAGUUUUUGGUCAAGGGAAAUGUUUUGGGGAAUAAGAUUUAAUGGUCUGAAACAAUGUGUGCAUGAGACAUUAUCUGACCCAUUCAGUAAAGCUGGUGGAUGUACAGACCUUAGUCCAGCUAAAACUGCAACUUUAUGCCAAGUUACCUGGGAUUUAUUCCAUAUUUAUCCCUGUUGAAGUCCUGAAUAGAAACACACAUGGUCAUGUGAUGUGGUUGGUUGUCCUUAAAUCUUAUUGAAAUAAGUGAGACUUAACUUAGGCAUUACUAACUUGUCCUGUUAUUUUUGAUGGUAGUUAAGUACAUGCAACUUUAAUUUGUUUGAGUGGCAGAGGCUGCAAAUCAUCAUUUAGUACUGCCUGUAUUAUGUACAAAAUAAUUCCUUAAACUCUAUCACAAUAUAUCUCCAGACUAAAGUGAGAUAUUUAAAUUAAAAUAUUUAUGAUCACUGACAGAUCAUCUGACAGCUCUUGUAUCUAGAAUGUCAGCUUGGAAUUUAAUUAACAUUCAGUUCCAUAGAAAUGUAUCUGAGCAAUGAUUAGAGUUGUGUCAUGUAUUUUUUAAAAAUAAAAUGCUUCUACAAAAUGAA